GUUGAAAGAUUUAACUCUGAAAUUUUGAAUGUAGGAAGAAAUGGAGGCCGUGCAGUGCAUUGUAUAUUGAUAUCAGUUUUUUUUUAUUCAGCUCGGUUUAGAUCGUCAACGUGCCCCGAAUCGUCCAGUAUAUCCAACCAUGGAAUCAAUGCUCAACAAACUGAAGAGUACAGUCACCAAAGUGACUGCCGAUGUGACCAGCGCUGUCAUGGGUAAUCCUGUGACAAGGGAGUUUGAAGUGGGUCGCCACAUUGCCAGUGGAGGUCCUGGUAUGUCCUGGAGAAUCUAUAAUGGAACCAAGAAGUCUACCAAACAGGAAGUUGCUGUUUUUGUUUUUGACAAGAAGAUCAUAGAAAAAUACCAGAAAUUUGAGAAGGACCAAAUAAUAGAUUCCCUGAAAAAAGGAGUUCAGCAGCUUACACGCCUGAGACACCCACGGCUUCUCACAGUCCAGCACCCACUAGAGGAGUCAAGAGACUGUUUGGCAUUCUGCACCGAGCCUGUUCUUGCCAGUUUGGCCAAUGUAUUGGGGCAGUGGGAUUAUCUGCCAACUCCAGUACCCACAGAAAUCAAGAGCUACAAAUUGUAUGAUGUUGAGAUCAAGUAUGGACUCUUACAGAUAUCAGAGGGCUUGUCCUUCCUCCACACUGGUGUGAAGAUGGUACAUGGCAACUUGUGCCCUGAGAAUAUCAUUAUUAACAAGAGCGGAUCCUGGAAAAUCAUGGGAUUUGACUUCAGCAUCUCUUCCAGCAACCCUUCAGAGGCCGAGGCAAAGUAUGUAUGUAAGGAGUGGGACCCCAACCUUUCACCUCUAUGCCUUCCUAACCCUGAGUAUGUGGCACCAGAGUACAUCCUGUCUGUUAGCUGUGACUCAGCCUCUGACAUGUACUCUCUGGGUGUCAUCGUGCAUGCAGUCUUCAAUGAGGGUCGGCCAGUUUUUAAGAUCAACAAGCAGGAUAUCUUCAAAAGCUUCAGCAGACAGUUGGACCAGCUGAGUCGACUAAGUCCUGCAGUCUUGAACCAGAUUCCAGAGGACGUUCGUGAACAUGUAAAGAUGCUCCUGAAUGUCACAGCCAAUGUGCGUCCUGAUGCCGAUCAGAUGACAAAGAUCCCUUUUUUUGACGAUGUUGGGGCCAUGACUUUGCAGUACCUUGACUCACUCUUUCAGAGGGACAACCUCCAGAAAUCCCAGUUCUAUAAAGGCCUCCCCAAAGUAUUACCCAAACUUCCAAAGAGAGUGGUGGUAUAUCGUGUCCUUCCGGCAUUGACAUCUGAAUUUGUCAACCCAGACAUGGUCCCUUUUAUCUUGCCCAAUGUGCUGCUGAUAGCUGAAGAGUGUACCAAAGAGGAGUAUGUCCGCCUUAUCCUGCCAGACCUGACCCCUGUAUUCAAGCAACAUGAGCCUGUCCAGAUCCUCCUAAUAUUCCUGCAGAAGAUGGACCUGUUACUAACGAAGACCCCGGCAGAAGAAAUUAAGAACUGUGUUCUUCCAAUGGUUUAUAGAGCUCUUGAGGCCCCGUCCAUCCAAAUACAAGAGCUCUGCUUGAACAUCAUUCCAACUUUUGCCAAUCUCAUUGAUUAUCCUUCCAUGAAAAAUUCACUGAUUCCACGUGUUAAAUCAGCCUGCUUACAGACUUCCUCAUUAGCGGUUCGGGUGAAUUCUUUGGUGUGCUUGGGGAAAAUUCUUGAGUACCUCGACAAAUGGUUUGUUAUUGAUGAGAUCCUGCCUUUUCUACAGCUGAUUCCCUCUAGAGAGCCUGCUGUCCUCAUGGGGAUUUUGGGAAUUUACAAAUGCACCUUUACACACAAGAAGCUGGGGAUCCCAAAAGAGCAUAUAGCUUCUAAGAGCCUUCCUCAUCUGAUCUCACUGAGUAUUGACAACAAUCUUAACCUUAACCAGUUCAACUCAUUCAUGGCAGUGAUCAAGGAUAUGCUGGGAAAAAUGGAGAUCGAACACAAGACCAAACUGGAACAGCUCCAUGUUAUGCAGGAACAACAGAGGAGCCUCAAUAUCUCAAGCCAGAUGAACCAGUCAACAGAGUCCAACAGUGCAUCCAAUACCACAAAUCAAGUGAGAGAGAUUGAUGACCUAUUUGGAGGCAAUUCUGUCAAUGGCAGAGAAAUGAACUCCUCCAAAAAUAUACCACAGUCCUCCAGAGUGUCACUCACACUUGAGGAGAAACAGAGAUUAGCCAAGGAACAGGAACAAGCAUCCAAACUGAGGAACCAGCAACCCCUUCACCCACAGAGUGUAAAACCAGCUACAACCAUCACACAGACCAAGGACCUUACCAGCAGUUUACUGAGCAGCAUGACAACAUUGGGCCAGCUGUCUUUAAGCUCCACAUCUACGACAACGCCUACAUCGACUGCCUUCCCUCUGACUGCUACCAAGAGUGGCAUGGGCAAUAUGGAGCCCAUGAGUAAUGGUCUCACUGCACCCAUAGGUUUCCCAUCAGCAGGAUUGGGGCGGGGUAUGUGUCCAGCUACACCAGCCAUUUACGGAGGCAUGGCUACCACAACCAGCACACCUAAUUUCAGUGCACUUUCACAGAACCAACCCCAGCCUGCAAAGGCUCCAGACAUGUCUGCUUUGGAUUCUCUUUUCGUCCCCAACAAACCCAAAGUCAGCAUGAAUCAAAUGGCACCGAGGCCAACUCUAGGGACAACCACCCCAUCACCUUGGAUGAACCAGUUUGGAAUAAGCCAUCCUUCUCAGACUGCUCCCAUGCAAGCACCUGCCAUGGGUAUGGCAUCAGUUCAGAGUGGGUUUGGUGUUCAGGCUAAUCCAUUCUUCAAUCCCCAUAACUUUGUCCAGCCAGCUGUGAACGCACCAGCUAUGUCCACCACUGGCAUGCUCAAACAGAGCGCCUCGGUCAACAAUGAUCUAAAAGACCUCUUCGGAUAACCAUGGAAAGACCAUGUGCAAAAGAUGAUGAGUAGUUACUAUACUCUAAAGUGUUGGCUGUGUAAUCAAGGUUUUGGUCUUCAACUAUUCAUUUUCCCACAGUUAAUAUCUAAUCUGUUUAGGCUCAUAUCAGUCAAGAUUACAUGUUGAUGGGUUUUGCCCCCUUUGUAAAGUAUGGCUCACUGGACAGCAUUUAAACUGGGUAUAUAUUUGGUCCAUAACAUAAAUUAUUAAUUCUCAUGUGCAUAUAUAUGUGGUGUAAAACCACCAUAUAUCUGUCAUGUAAAUUGUUUUAAUUGCCUGACAGAUAUUCACAAAGGCUUUGACGCAGACACAGAAAUGUUUUACUAUGUUUAUUGUGAUUCAGUGCUUGGUUGUUUGUAUAUUUUUCAUCUUUGACCUUGCUUUUUUUCUUAAUCAUGUUUUCGGAAUCAUGUCUUUGAUGUGAGGAGGUUGUAAAUGCAUGAAAUGAAAUCAUAUCAUUUCGAAACAAAGGGCGGCCAGGACAUGGGUCUAGCAACUGGGAAGCUGAUCACCUUUGCAUAGAUAAUGCUGUAGUGAACAAUCAAGUCUAUGAGUGUUUGACAGUUGAACCUGAGUGUGAAGUUGUGUUUCAAAUAACCACUGUGUUAUGUGCUCCAUUUCUUUGGGUUCACUUGUUUUAAGUCUCAGUGAAUAUAGCUAGUCCUGUCCUGUACAGAUCAGUUUCUGAUUGAGUCCUAUUUAUCUGAAAUCUAGCUCAAGAAUCUCUUCAGAGUCAAUACCUGAGCAGCUUAAAUGGAUAUUCACUGUAUUGUUAUCAUCAUAUGAUAAAACUUGUUUGAAUAAUUUCUUUGGUUUUUGGUUAUUGGAUGUGGUUUAUCAUGCUACUGCACAUUUUAACGAGAAUAUAUAGUGUUUUAUUUAUUUAAUCUUAUUUUUGGUAAAUCAUUGGUCACCAGACAACCACCUCCUAUGUAUUGCCCAUCUUCAAGGCUGUUAGUAAUUGUUUUACAUACUGGUUAGACAAUUUGUUCGAGCACUGUUAGGGCAUUUUAAUGAAGGUGAACUUUGUCAGUGCUUUGCACUGAAAUGAAGUGAAGCACAUAUUUUGCAGAUGAAUGAAGCCUUAAGAGAAUGUGUGUGCAAUAUGAAGGUUUCUGCUGCUGUCCAUGUGUAGCAGUCAUAUUUGAUUGAUUAUGUUCUUACACUUUUAUUUCAUGAAUAGCCAGUGGGGUAUAUCAAGGCAAUUCCAUAACCUUUUCCAUUCCUCAUAUUCUAAGAUCAAUCCAAACUGAAGUGUGCAGUCUUGAAUUCCUUCUGUUACAAUGACCACCUCAUGAGAUGCCUUGUUUCCGAAUACAUGUCAGUACUGGUGGGCUGGUCAUCUGAAGCGUGUGCUGUACAUGAGCAAGACCCCAUUAGAUGUACUGACUAUUACAGUAGGGUCCAGUUGAUGUUCAGUAUGGUUGUGGGAUAUUUGUAGCACCAUCACAGUAAUACUGUGGUCUAAUCUCAGUGAACACAAAAUUAUGAAUUUAUCUUGUAUUUAUCAUUUACUAAGUCAUGCAGAGAAAAGUGGGGUACAGUUAUCAGAAUGUGUAGUGCUACAUUUUCAACCUUCAUAAAAAAAUAUUUUGAUCAUUAAAUAAAUGUACAUACUGCCAAUGUUAGUCUGAUCUAUAUGACUUUUAUCCAUCAUAUUUGACUGUACCCAUUCCACAUGACCAACACAUCAGUGUUCCCAGACCUCUUGUGCUUAUUACUGGUGGUAAUUUUGACCACCGCGCAGCGAAGUGGCGGUCAUACUGUAGGUUUAGUCAGAGGUUUUUUUUUCAGUACUUUUCCAUCGGCUACACAAAACUUGGUGGGUAUGUAGCCCCACAAGGAUGACGUGGAACAAUAGGUUUUUUUUGUUUUGAUCCAUUAGGAGGGUAGGGUGGACACAGUUUUCAGUGAAUAUUUUGAGACCCGUAGGCCAAGGCCAGGUGUUGGAGGUGUAGGAUUAUUAUGACACCCUCUAAAUCCAUGCCAAGUUUCGUGGAAUUUCAUUCAUGGGGGCCUGUAGGACUUGAUAAUGUAAGAACUCCUCGAUAAUGUAAUACAAUUUUGCACUUGAAUCCAUUGGAAAUUUAAUAAAACCUGAUAAUGUACAGUAAUAACUUCCCAAUAAUGUAAUAAAUGCAUUUCCCAAUAAUGUAAUAUAUUUUUCACCAAUAAUACUGUAUAAUAAAGUAUUGCAUUUAACGGGAUAUUAUUGCAUUAUCAGGUUAGCCCAUUGUAAUAAUUUUAAAAGCAGACCACCCAUUUCUUGGGUUCAAGUGGUGAUACUGUCUAAGCAACGAGAGCUCUAGCGCCACCAACAGGUCAAAGUUGUACAUGCAUGAAUGUUCAUUAACUUUGGACCUGUUCAUCCGUUUUUCACAAAUGAUGCAUCACCCGAAUCCUUGGGCCAAGAUGAAUGCAACGCAUCCUUAAUGUCUUUUUUUUUAGACAUUAGUUUUUUCUUGAUUUUUUUAAAUGAAAUUAUCAGGGUUAUUAUAUUAUUGGGGAUUUAUUACAUUAUCAAGUUCUACAGGGCCAUGCAAUAAAUUAAAGAUUUUCUCCAUUGGUUUGGCUCAUUUCUUGAAAUAGAAAUGACAUUCUCAAAACUCUAUGAUCAUUUGGCAGAACAGUCUUA